AGGACUAAACUGUUUAAUUUUAAAAUUUUGGACUAAACUAUUUUUCAUGCAAAAGUAUGAGGAGUAACGAGUAUUUAAUCCAAUUAAAAAUGUAUAAGUUUACUAAAAGAUUAAAUAUUACAAAAAGAUGAAGGAGGGCAAUGGCAUGAUCUCAAGCUCGGAAAGAUGAAGUUUUCGACAGAAAGCUGCAUAUUGUUAGACUAUAUCAAUACAUAGUCAUAAAACAGAAAUGCAAAAAAGAAAAUAAAGCAAAACAGAUUACAGAAACUGCAAUACACUAUGCCAAAAAAUGCUUCAGACCAUACCCCUCAGACGACAGAAGAGGUUUUUUCUGUUGUCUGAUUUUUUUGAACAUCUUCAGACGACAGUUUUAACUAUUUCUGUUGUCUAAAUAGUAUCAAAAUCAAUACUAGAUCAAUUUUUUCAAGUUUGUUGUAAUUUAGAAAACUCAGACAACAUAAUUCUGUUGUCUGAGUAAAUGAAGAAAUUAUUUCUUCUUGUGUGGACAAAAACCUAUUUUUGGCUGAACUAAAACUUAUCUAUCUUUUAAUAGACCUAGACCCGGCCACGUGCUUUCCCACACUUGGUGAAAAAAAAAAAUCAUAAAACUCAUUUUCCAUCUCCCAAACCUAGCAGCACCUCUUCUUCGAUGCUCUUCUUCGACGCCCACUACUCGCAGCUCGCCGCCUCUCUCGCGAAAUCUCCCUCUUCAUCCUUACCCACAUGGACAAAAACACCAUUUGCUAUCGAAGCAAAAGUCUAUCCUCCAGCAAUUGCAGUGGGUAAAUUUCUCUGUCAUCUCUCCCUCAUCUGCAUACCAAAUUGGGGGUAUCGGAUUUCACCCGAUUUGACUCCCACCGUAGCUUCCUCCGCCACCGCUGAGUAUUGGGUAUGGAGAACCUGGUCUUGCUGGUCAACGAAAUCCAAAGAGCUUGCACAGCUCUCGGUGACCACGGCGAAGCUGACUCUUUGUGACUCGCUUCCCUCUAUCGCUGUCGUCGGUGGCCAGGAGUUUGGCUUUUGGUACACUGGUUUACUGUGUGUGCAUUUAUUUCCUUGUGAACUUGGGAUUACAAAGCUUCCAAUUGGGUCUCUGCUGCCAUAUAAAUUCCACAAGGAAAAGAUUCACCAUGCUGCAAGCAAUGGUAUGAGAACCUUAAGGAGAUACAAGGAAGGAUUGUUUAACAGUAGCACAGCUCAGAUAUAUUAUAGAAAAUUCUCAGCCAUUGGCAAUGCUAAAGCUGAUAGACCCAGAGACCAAGAAUGCCUUGUUUGGUUGGGCACAAGCUAAUUCAAUCUUUUUUGUUUAGUUCACAAAAUACUUUUGUGCAGGUUUAAAACAGAACAUUAGCUAAAGUGUCGGAGCUCCAAAGUUUAAAGUGAAGGGUGAGGCAGUUUGUUUUAUAUUUCUUUCUUGCACCUUUUGUUCUUUUUGUGUUAAUACUUUAGAAAGGGAAACGAUAGAUUAUGACAAGUUUUAGCUAUAUGGUUUUGGGGUCACCGGUAUAUGGUUUUCAGGUUACCAGUGAGUGAAUUGAUGCCAUUUCAUGUUCUCAAGCCGUUUCAUCUCAUUCUUAAAUUCAUCACACUGAGCAAGUUGGUUUUCAAUGAGUCACUGUUUAGUCUGCUUAAUUGCAUUUCUAAUUUUCUUCCCGUCCGCGAGCUCUAGCUUUGGGAGAUGAGUAGUGUGUUCCUCAUGUUAUUUCCAUAGAAGUAGAAGAUUCAUAUCAACUACGAACAUCAAUAGUACUUGAUGUAAUUGCUUUAUGGGAUUUCCAUUUGCCUUUAGUUUUGAGGUUUACGAUCAUUUUCUGGACUUUAGCUUUUCAGUGAUACAGAUUUUUAUCUUUUGAGUAUUUUGAUCUUAUUGAGGUAUUAUUGACUUUCAAUUUGGGAAGGAGGGAGAGUCUAUAUCAGUACAUGUUAAUUGUAUUUUAGUUUUUGCUUUAUCUGUUUUACAAUUAGUUUCAUUAUUUCAUUAUUGUUUUCUUUGGGUUGUGCAGGUUGUAUGCAAUAGAGUUUUUGUAUCAUUUUACUGUCACUGUUCCUUUGUCUGUUGCUUAGCAUUAUCUUUGUCUCUCAUUGUUAUUCAGGUAUAAGUGCUACAGUUUAUUAACUUGAUUUUUGGUUUUGUCUAUAUUCAUCGUUUUCUUUUUUCGUAUUCAAUUUGUAGUUUGUAUAGCCAUGGUGGUCUUGAACUGUCUAAAUUCUGUUGUUUACUCUGCAGACACUGGAAACAGUGUUCUAUCAGCUUCUGUUACUGUGGAUUCAGGUAUGAAUUUAAAACCUUUAUGAGUUGUAUGCAACUGGUCUCAUUCUUUUUUUUCUUAUAGGUCAACUGAAAUCGUAUUGUUCAGUAGUGAUGGAAUGCUAUCUCUGCUAUCUGUGUUAUUAAAUUAACAAGAUUCCAGUGUUUGUAUUAGAAGUUUGUAUGUUGAGAUUUUACUAGUAUAUAUGAGAUUAAGACAUCAGUGAAUAGCUAUUUGCCUAUCAAAGAUGCUUAUGUUUGACCUGGGAAUGAUCCGCUGGAGUAGGAAGCACACUUUCUGUUGGAGAAAUUUCCUAAGAUAUAAAAAGAAGGUAAUAUCAAACUCCCACUUUGUACUUAUCCUACUUGAAAUCGUUCAUGCAUGAAUUAGAAUUGCACUCAUUGUUGAUGCUUUUGAUAAUGCAGUAUAAGUUUUUAUUGGAAAACACGAGUUAAGUUGAGCUUAUUAUUUGUUUGAUUAAUUUGAUUGGAAUUAAUGUACAUCUUUGCAGACUUUGAAGUUCCUUCAGAUGAUGGCAAAAAGAAGAAAGCCAUAACAUCAAUCGGAAUAUUAACAGCAGCACUUCUGCUUCUGCUUUUGGUUGCAGGUAUUAUGUGGAGUAAGGCCUACAUAGGAGGAAAGAUCGCUGCAGAUAAAGGUUUGAAGCAUGUUAAAGUCUAGUGUGGUCAAAGUCGUAACUAGUAUCUUUUAUCUCCUAAGAUUCAAGUUUCGCCUUGUCCACAAUGUCUAAAUAGUUCAACUGUUGUCUUUAUGAACAAGAGAUAAGCUUAAUACUUUAUCUUAAUUGACAUGGAAGCAGAGCUCAGAGAAAUGGAUUUGCAGACAUGAUUUUUUACUUUAAAACAGAUAUUGAAAUGGUUGUAACUAUGAAUUGUAUUUUGGAUGAUGUUGAUGCAAUGAAACAUAGGCAUCAUUUUGAAUGCUGA